AGUUUCGGAAUCGUAUAAUGUAUCUGGAUUUUGUCAUAUACUAAAAGUUUCAUUAUUGAUUAAACAAAAUGGCGCUUUGUUGGAAUUUUGCGUGUAUUUAUCUUUUUUAUGCGUUCCACUUUGUCAAAGGUUUGGAAACACCAAAACCGAUCCUAAUUGCGACUGAGAUAGCUGAAAAUAAGACAAUCAUACUGACUUGUAACAUUUACGGGGGUACGGCACGCUCAGUUGGCUGGUACAGGAACCAAGGUCGAAUGGUCAUCUCUAUUGGUUACGUCAACGGCAUCUGUAAAACAAGUCCUCCUGAGCUGCCGUUUUCAACGGAGUGUCGGUGUUUGAAUAUAACCGUGUAUACUUGUACUCUGACAGUUCAGAAAUCACUGGACGAUUGGAGUUGGAUGGGGGAGGUGCGGGAGGGGGUGUCGGACAGGAGACCAAUCCCGCCAAGCAUCACAAUGGCUGAGUGA